UUCAAUUACACAAUGAUACUAUUGGAUGCUGCGAUUUACUAGAAAAUUCAUUUAAUUUGUGUUUUUUGAUGGUGAAUUGUAUGAGCGUGGUCACGAUAGCCUUGACUUGUGUAUAUAUACUUUUUGUUUAUAGUGAUUUGUUCAAAUUGAUACGGAUUGUUGCUUUCUUAGUUGGCUUAAUUAUGCAUUUAUUGUACUUGAACUGGGUUGGUCAACAAAUAAUUAAUAGCAGCGAACAGGUUUUUAUAUCUGCAUAUUUUAGUGACUGGUAUUUGAUACCAAACAGUACCAAAAAAUUCAUCAACAUAAUUAUGAUUCGUUCUUUAGUACCUUGUACACUAACGUCUGGCAAACUAGCAAAUCUUUCCAUGGAAAAUUUCGGAAUUUUACUGAAAUCUGCGAUGUCGUACUUUACUGUGAUCUUAUCCUUUUAUGAAUAAAAAAGUUAAUUAAACGAUCAAAUCAUACGUUUCACAAUGAAACACAGUAGUAUUUAAUUGGGUAUUUUCUGUAAUGAACUUCUUUCAACUGUAAGUAUAAAUCGGUAUAAAUGAAAACAAAUUUUCAGAUACGAAGUAGAUUUUUAAUUCAAUAAAAAAUAUACAUUUAUUAUGUUAUGU